AUGUCUUUCUUCAAGAAGCUUACUAAGGAGCUCGAGAACUUCGGAAUCGGUGAUAAGGACAAGGACGAGAAGAAGGACGAAUCUCAGUCCCAGGCUCCUCCUCCCCCUCCCGCCGAAGGCACUCGCGCCUACGGCUACCACGGUGAAGGCGGCCAGGGAGGUCCUCCUCCCGCUCAGUACUACGCUGCUCCUCCCCAGCCUGCGUACCAGCCUCCUUCCGACAAGCCUCCUCUGCCUGAGGGCUGGACUGCCCAGUUUGACCAGCAGCACCAGCGCUGGUACUAUGUCGAGGUAGCUACCGGUCGCACCCAGUGGGAGGCUCCCGGCCAGCACGCUCCUCCUCCCGGUCCCCCUCCCUCUGAUGGAUCUCGCGACUUUGGUGGCCAUGGUGGUGGUUACGGAGGUGCUCCUGGCUAUGGCGGCGCUCCUGGCUAUGGUGGCGCUCCUGGCUACGGCUCUCCUCCUCCUCCCGGCGGUUACGGAUCGCCCUCUCCUGGCUACGGAGGCUACGGAUCUCCUCCUCCCCCUGCCGGUUAUGGCUCUCCCCCUCCUCCCGGCGGCUACGGAGGUGCCCCCGGAUACGGCUCUCCUGCCCCGUACGGCGCCCCAGGCUACGGUGCUCCCGGCGGCUACCCUCCCCAGGACGGCGGCCACAACCCUUACGGAAACGAAGGCGAGCGCGGCGGCGAGAAGAAGAAGAGCGGCAGCUCCGGCAUGCUCCUCGGUGCCGCCGGUGGUCUCGCUGUCGGUGCUGUAGGCGGUGCCCUCAUUGCUAAUGCCCUUGACGACAGCGACAGCGACCAUGAGAAUGCUCCCGCUCCCGCUCCGGCCCCUGUCACACACACCGAGUACCACGAGUACCAUGAGUACCGUGAGGCACCUCCCGCCGACUACAACGACCCCUACGCCCAGGAUGGCCCCCCUGCCGUCCUUCCCCCCACUGAUGCCGAUGGAGACUCUGUCUCAUCGAGUGAUCGCGAGGAUGUUCAGGAAGCUCGUGAGGAGUACGAGGAGGCUCUUGCGGCUGCUAACGACUCAGACGCCAGCAGUAGUGACCAAGAGGAGCUUGAGGAGGCCCGUGAGGAGUACGAGGAGGCGUACGAGGAGGUGUAUGAGGACUAA